AUGACUGAUUCUCAACCUUUGGUCGGCCAGAUGACCCAGGCACAAUCGGUCAGGCCGGGACCAGCGUUGCGUGAGCAGGUCUUUUCAUCUUACAUCGAUGUUAUCUUUCCUAGUAUCGAGAAUCAAUCCACGGUGGAUCUCUGGCCAUCCCUCAUAACAACCUUCAGCAAGCUUCCACAAAAGACCAGAAUGCUCGAAACGGCCAUCUCGGCAAUAUCCUGUGCCUACCUUGGAAAGCUAAAGCGGGACAAGCGUGUCUUCCAACAUGGCAUCCAGCUUUAUAAUGUCGCUAUCCGACAAAUGUCAAGCAUGAUCAACCAAGACUAUUUCUGUGACGACAUCAUAUACACUACUAUAAUCUUCCAGGAGAUGGAGCUAUGUUACUGUCCAGACGGCCUCCAAACAUGGUUCACUCACAUCAGUGGGACAAAUGCGAUCUUGAGCCAUUAUCGUCGGAGAGCAAAAAAGACCCCUCUUGUUGAUUCCAUCUACCAUGAGCAUCAAAAGUUAGUUAUUGUCUAUUCUACCAAAGGCAUAGAGAUGUCUAAACAGGACUACGACUAUAUAAUGGAACCUUUUGAUGGUAAACGAACACCCUUGUUAGACCUUCUUGCGCUUUUUGCCGGGUUUACGCCUCUCGCUGCCGCCAUUCAUGUGCUUGACCCAUCGAACCGUGAUGCCUUUGAAAAGGUGCUCCAGAAAUGUGUAGGGCACCAACAGAAAAUCAUCGAAUGGUAUUCAAAGGUCCAGAUCGUCAGACCUUUCUCAUGUUCUCCGGACGAUGUCUUAUGUGAAAGAUUAUCCACUGAUCAUGUCCUUGGCCCCGCCUUGCGAUUCAUCUCGCUCGAUAAUGCGAGGUUGCAUAUGAUGUUCUGGACACUUCUCUGCAUCAUCCACCCCAUCAUUUCUCGGGUUCGAAUUCUAGCCAGAGCCAAGGAUAAUCAAAGUGCACUCCGAGCAACUUCGGUUGAUGACCCUAUACUGAAUCAGCUUGAUGACGAAGAUCAGCAUCUUUCGUUCUUUUAUGCCAACCAGAUUGGGCGGUCAAUCCCUUACUGUGUUCAAGAUACUAUGAAAUGUGGCGGCUUUCAUACCGUAAUUUUCUCUCUGUGUCAAAUGUGCAAGGUAUCUGUCGAUCAUGGCGACAGGGAACGAUUUGAUUGGUGUCAGCGAGCAUUUGGAAUAGUGGCAGAACGUGGCUUCGAUUUUAGUGCUCGCCUUCAGGGAUUUUUUCACUGGCAGUGGUCACUGGAUAAGAACCGGGUGAAGAGCAUGUAUGCUUUCUCUCCUCAAUGGGAUCCUGCCCUUAAGUUUGCCACCUUUACCCAAAAUCAAGAUGAUAAGGAUGACAAGGCAGGCGAGUCAAAUUUGCUGUCGAAGGUGGUGACGGUAUCAGAGCGACAAGAGAUUCCGAUCAUUCAUUUUUAG